CUCCCCCCAGAGCAUCACCUCCUCGAUAGGGCAAAAGCUGACAUUGCCCUGUUACUGUCCAUAAAAGUCUUUCCUUUGUGUGUUUUUCCCCUUUGUGCUUUCUUUUUCUUUAUUUAGCACAGGGGAACGGGAUAUUUAGCUUUUCUCUAGCUACCCCCCCUUCUUCUGUCGCUUCAAAUUCCGCACCUCCCGAUACCCCCCUCCUUUUGUUUCGUUACCGAUACCCUCAAUUAAUGGCAGACGGGCCUAUUUGACACCCCUCUUCACACACAGUCUCCUUUGUUCCUGACAUAUCGCCAUUACUUUUUGCUUCAGUUUGUUUUUCUGUCUCUCUUGCUUCUCUUGCUUCUCAUUUUCCCCUUGAUAUACCAGGAUUCGGGACAGGGUGGCGUAGAGCGGGCGUAUGGUGCGCCCUCAGUUAUGGAUACCCUUCUGUCACGGAGGCGUUUUGUUCUUUUUCUUUUCAAGCAGCGGGUAGUUAGAAAUGGUUGGCGAUCUAUUUUGGCCAAAUUUGAUGGAGAUUGUUGGAAUCCCAGUUUCUACAAACUUUGAGCCUCUCUAUUUGGCACCCUCAAGAAUCGAGAGCGUAACCGACGGCGCUGACGAAGCCAGGAACUGGCCUCUGGGAGGAUAUCUGGGAGACGGUCGCACUCUUUGCAUACGCGUAAAGAAGAGUUGGAAUUCGUAUCAAAUCUGUCGUAUCGAUGGUUAUACGAAUUAUGAGGACUACGUACCUAAUAUUAAAAUGAAGAAGGGGGUGUGUAGGUAUGAGAUGACGGGCUUUGGCCCUAUUUUUGGUUUUGAAGCUGCCAUGUGGAAGAGGGCGAAGAAAACGGGUUUUUAA